CAUUCGGAAACAUUUUUUGUAUUGCACCCUAAACGCCUUCGUAAGCAUGAAUCCCGAGAUGGCGAAUCAGAAUUCCCAGGACGACUCGAAGCCGUCAGAUACCACCACGCAAGCAGCUGCAGGUAGCGUAGUAUCCGCGACUGCUGCUGCGCCCGAGGGACCGGCUUCACUCAAGGAUGAUAACAAUGGUAGCCAAACCUCGGUAGCAAUCGGGGAAUCGGCCGCAGCUCAGUCACCUGGAGUGAACUCGUCUGCAUCCGGCGCUAAUGCGAAUGACCCGAUGAACAUCGGCCGCCAUCGCCGCGACAAUGUCUCAAAGCGCCAGAUGAAGAUUGACCAUCCGAAUGGAAACAAGAGAGCGCUGAAGAAGUUCUACUCUAGGCAGAAUGAACUUAUCGAUCAAUUUCUAGGUGCCGAUGACGAGGAACAGCUGCAGAUUGAGGAAGAUGCCCGGGUGGCUCCAAGGAUCAAGUUUGCGGUCAAUGCCUCCUUUUCGGUAAACUUCUGCCUCUUCGUAAUCCAGCUUUAUGCUGCUAUAUCGACUGGGUCGCUAUCGCUAUUCGCCACUGCUGCUGAUGCUUUUAUGGACCUUGUCUCGUCUUUUGUAAUGCUGAUAACCUCACGUAUGGCAGCUAGAGCCAGCAUCUACAAGUACCCGGUUGGUCGCACCAGGAUUGAGACCAUCGGAAUUAUCCUCUUCUGUGCAUUAAUGACUACUGUCGCCAUCCAACUGCUCGUUGAGUCUGCGCGUACUCUGGGCGACGGACCAAGCGAAUCUAGGGAACUCCAUAUUAUCCCCAUAGUCUUCGUGGGCAUUGCUAUUUUUGCGAAGGCCAGUCUCAUGGUUUACUGCCUUGCGUAUCGCAAAUACCCGUCGGUUCACGUCUUUUUUAUCGACCACCGAAAUGACAUUGCCGUCAACAUAUUCGGACUGGUUAUGUCGGUGGUCGGAGACCGAUUUGUUUGGUACCUGGAUCCUAUUGGAGCCAUAUGCAUCGCACUCCUGAUCCUGUUCUCGUGGAUCGCCAAUGCAUUCGAACAGGUCUGGCUACUUGUGGGGAAAUCUGCUCCAAAGGAGUUCGUGUCGAAAGUCAUCUACAUGAGCAUGACGCACGAUCCCCUAGUCAGGAAGGUGGAUACAUGCCGAGCAUAUCAUGCUGGGCAAAACUACUACGUCGAGGUCGAUAUAGUUAUGGACCAAGAUAUUCCCCUCAAGAUCUCUCACGACGUGAGCCAGUCUCUCCAGAGGAAGCUCGAAGGCUUGGGCGAUGUCGAACGAGCAUUCGUCCAUGUCGAUUAUGACGAUGACCAUGAUAUCCACCAGGAGCAUAAACCCCUAUAUGAAGAGAAGAAGCAGGGCCGAACCCUGAAGGACAUCCUGCUCUUCCGAAAGAAACAAGGCGAAGAUAUACUUCGAGAGGAAGAUAGAUCGAGAUGACGAUCCUUCAUCAUCCGAUGAUCCGACUCGUUACAAUUUGAACUUCGACAUGAGAGUAUGGUCUAAGGGUUAUAGACGGUAAAAGGGGUAGUAGGUAUAGAGGCGAGCUACGAGGCUGCGUUCGCUCGCAGGAAUGAAAAUCGAAGCUACGGAUAACUACCGAAAAAAAGAGGUUGGUUGGCUGGUUGGCGGAUUGGUUGAUUGAGGUUAUUCAAAAGUUGGUCUACCGACAAGCGUAAACGAAUAAUAUGUGCGACGUCCGAAUUUCAUUGUGUUAAUAAACCCAUGAGCGAUCCGAUUAUACUUCACCAUUAGAUACGAUAAUUGAUCGCGAACUUUUUUGACGCAAGAAAUGAAAUACCCGUUUCCUCCUUAGAAGUUGA